AAACAAAAUUACAGCAGCUUUCAAUAAGAUUUAUUUUAAAAAUUUGUAGUUGUUGUAUAACAGUACGUCCCUAGUGAAAAUCAUUGAAAAGAAAACAAAAAAAUUACCACGCUACUAAAAAACGCGGGAGAAAAGGAGAAAUAAAAACUGUUUCCGGUUGGAUAAUCCACUCAUUUUUGAAGGAGUAUGUCCAGGCUACGCUUUGCUGCCCAAAUGCUGAUCCAAAGGCAUAAAUUGCCAGCAGUGCCAACUACGCUGACACGCGCAAUUUCUACAUCGGCAUCAAAACCGAACUUCGGAAAUAGAGAAAUGCCGCUUUCCGGCGAGCCAGUACACGUCGCAGCGACACAAUUUCUUAGCGAACCAGAAGUGGUAGAGAAUAGCAACAAGCAGGAAAAGUCCGGUGAUGCUACCGCCAAUAGGUCACAGCCGACAAUCAAAGAAGAUACGUUGCCAGCUGUAACCAUUGUUGAUGUAAACGGAGGCUAUGGACGAAUGGAUUUCGAGGAGCGCAUGGAGCAUAUGGAUCGUGUGGAUCGCAUCAAUAAUGAAAAAUUGCCAAGCAAUAUAGCCACCAAGCUGGUUUUGCCGCUGAUAAAAGAGAUUCCCACAGUUGUAGAUAUAGAUGCCUAUGGCGAUGAUAUGAUGUACGAAGAUAAGCCGGAAAAGCAAACGCAGUCAGAACUAGCAGCGGCAGGCAAUGACGAUGUCGGCCGGAGUUUGAUGCCGAUUGCGAAUGAUAAGCCGCAUACGCCAACAAGAGAGCGGGAGGAAGCAAAGGAAUUUAUGGUAAAAGCUAUUGCAUUGCCCACAAACGCAAUCAGUGGUGAGAAUUUAGAGCUUGUAGUGCCGGAAAAAUCUAUUAGCGCCGGAAACGAAACUGCAGUCAAAGAGAGAAUUUGCGUGGCGCCCGUCGACAUUGAUGCCUUUCCUAUGGAAGAGGAAGUAGAAAAGAAGCACGGCACCGUGGAUAUUGAUACCUUCGGGGAUAAUGAACGCAGGCAACUGCCACCCAUACCAAAAGUACGCAAUAAUGUUUUCAAAUUCAAAGGCAUUACGAUCAUAAUGCCAAAGCGUAUGCUGCGCGAUUCAACUUAUCGGUAUCGCUUGGACCCGCAAGACAUGGACAAACCGGAUGACAUGCAGAUCUGCACGUUUGAGAAAUAAAUAAGGCAAUGCACUCGUGUUGAGCUGUAGAUUUUUCAAAUUUGUAUGUUACGUUCAAGGCACAUUAAUAUGCCUUG